AUGGCGGUAAAUGGUAGAAACGAUAGAGAUCAGGAAGAUGAGAAAGUAGAGGAAGGUAAAAAAACAACAGUGUAUAUGUGGGGUUAUCUUCCCGGAGUUUCACCGGAGAAAUCACCGAUACUGACUCCGAUUCCGGUGAAGUCUCCGGAUACUGGUGACUUGUGGAAGGAUGUUUGUGGUGGAGGUUGUGGGUUCGCCAUGGCAAUAUCAGGUGGAAAGCUGUUAACAUGGGGAUCGGUUGAUGAGGAAAAUCAAAGUUACAUUACAUGUGGAAAGCAUGGGGACACUCCAGAGGCUUUUCUUCUUCCUUCUGAAGCUUCCAUCAUCAAGGCUGCUGCUGGUUGGGCUCAUUGUGUUUCAGUUACUGAAACAGGGGAAGUAUACACAUGGGGAUGGAAAGAGUGCGUACCCCUUGGAAAAUUUCCUCGUGAUGGUGCUACUUGGGGAGCCUUCCAGAAGGAUAAUGCUACAAAACAAAAUGUAUUGUUGUCUGAACAAGGGUCUCAAGGCACCAACUCAGCUGGUGGGGCAAUGUCACAUUCUGAUAACAAAAAGGAUGGGGAGGAAAUAGUGAAGCGAAGAAGAGUAUCAGUGGUGAAAGAAGAGAGUGAAAAUUCACAAUCUGGAGAUGAAUAUUUCACAGUAAUACCAUCUAUUGUAUCUUUGGGUCCAGGAGUAAGGAUUACCUCUGUCGCUGCUGGUGGACGGCAUACUUUAGCUCUGUCAGGUUAUAAGAAGUACGAAGUAGAUAUGGGACAGGUUUGGGGUUGGGGAUACGGAGGCGAAGGGCAGCUAGGUUUGGGAUCCCGGAUAAAAAUGGUGUCUUCUCCCCAUCUCAUACCAUGUACUGAGCAACCUGCUUGUGGAAAAGACAGAUCCUCAGUAGUUCGUCAAGGAACCACAAAUCUGUCGGUCCAAGUUUCUAAACUUCCUGGAAGCUAUGUGAAGGAGAUUGCUUGUGGAGGUCGGCAUAGUGCAGUAGUAACAGAUGCUGGAGAACUGCUCACAUUUGGCUGGGGACUUUAUGGGCAGAUCACCCCGUCUAAAACGUAUGUUCUUGACGAAAUUGUUGUCUUCCAGUGUGGACAAGGGAGUACAAAUGAUCAGUUGAGACCAACUUCUUUACCUUCUCUAUCAGGAAUCCAAGUAGAAAGAAUAGCUGCUGGCCUAUGGCACACUUUGUGUGUCACCAUCGAUGGUCAUGUAUAUGCGUUUGGUGGGAAUCAGUUUGGACAAUUGGGGACUGGAGCUGAGCAGGGUGAGACUCUACCAAGACUUUUGGAUGCUCCUUGUCUAGAGAGUAAGCAGGCAAAGAUGGUUUCUUGUGGAGCUCGGCACAGUGCCGUUCUAACAGAGGAUGGACAAGUUUUUUCCUGGGGAUGGAACAAGUAUGGUCAGGUACUACUGUUCUCUCCGUUUCCUGAUCGCAAUUGUUGUGCCAAAUGCACAUCUUUAGCUGACAUCCUAGUAAUUUGUGUCAUUGGUUACGUACAGCUUGGCGUGGGUGAUUCAAUUGAUCGUAACAUUCCUUCUCAAGUCCCCAUCGAAGGUUGUCGACCAAAAAAUGUUGCAUGUGGCUGGUGGCACACCUUGUUGCUAGCUGAAACACCCCUGAAAUCCUAG